AUUAGAAGGUAGUCAUUAAGUCCAACUCCCAUUCAAGAGAGAACAAGAAUGAAGUUCUACCUGCUGAUUGAAGGGAAAUAAAAGAAUUUAUAGACAUUAUGAGAUAGUGAUUUCAUGGCUUUGCUGUUUUUUUAAAGAUACUGCCAUUUAGAAAUGCACACUGAUUUAUUCCCCCCACACCAAAAAAAAAAAAAAAGUCUGUCUGAAAAUUGCUUUAAAAUACUCCAGAAAAAAAAUAAAAUAAAAGGUGAGGAAUGAGGAUAAAUGAAAUUGGAAUAGCAGAAUGUUCAUAAAUUUUAAAGUAGGUGAAUAAGGUUCUCACCUUUUGUGUACUUGUGAAGUUUUUCAUAAUAAAAAGUUAAAAAUAAAGUCAGCUGGGCACGGUGGCUCACGCCUGUAAUCCCAGCACCUUGGGAGGCCGAGGUGGGUGGAUUACCUGAGGUCAGGAGUUCUAGAACAGCCUGGCCAACAUGGUGAAACAUCGUCUCUACUAAAAAUACAAAAAUUAGCCAGGUGUGGUGGCACACGCCUGUAAUCCCAGCUACUCUGGAGGCUGAGUCAAGAGAAUCGCUUGAACCUGUGAGGCAGAGGUUGCAGUGAGCUAGAAUCGCACCAUUGCACUCCAGCCUGGGCAACAAGAGUGAAUCUCCGUCUCAACGAAAAUAAAUAAAUAAAUAAAAUCAUACCUGAGAAAAACAUUCUGAAAUUCCCUUUUUAACUUACCUCAUGGUUGGUAGCCAUUCUAUGGAGUUUUUGCUUAUCUUUUUGAGUUCUUAUGCUGCAGCUUAAGCCUAUGUCUUCUUUUUGUUUUGUCUACUUUAUUCUAGUGUUUGCCAACCUCUAUAAGAUAGAUCUUACAUACUUGAAGACUGAUUUUAAGAAUGAUCUCUGCCUGUACUUUUUGUUAACAUUUUAUUAUGAAUUUAAUGACUUUUUAAUAGGAUGCACCCAGAGGAAACCAUACUUUUAACUUUAUUUAUAGAUAUGUUUUUGAGUCUGUCUCCGUUGCCCAGGCUGUAGUACAGUGGUGUGAUCUCAGCUCACUGCAACCUCUGCCUCCCAACUCAGGCGAUCCUCCCACCUCAGCCUGCUGAGUAGCUAGGACUACAGGUGUAUGUCGCCACAGAUUUUAUUAAACAAAGACGAGCAGGACUAAAUGAAUUCAUUCAGAACCUAGUUAGGUAUCCAGAACUUUAUAACCAUCCAGAUGUCAGAGCAUUCCUUCAAAUGGACAGUCCAAAACACCAGUCAGAUCCAUCUGAAGAUGAGGAUGAAAGAAGUUCUCAGAAGCUACACUCUACCUCACAGAACAUCAACCUGGGACCGUCUGGAAAUCCUCAUGCCAAACCAACUGACUUUGAUUUCCUAAAAGUUAUUGGAAAAGGCAGCUUUGGCAAGGUUCUUCUUGCAAAACGGAAACUGGAUGGAAAAUUUUAUGCUGUCAAAGUGUUACAGAAAAAAAUAGUUCUCAACAGAAAAGAGCAAAAACAUAUUAUGGCUGAACGUAAUGUGCUCUUGAAAAAUGUGAAACAUCCAUUUUUGGUUGGAUUGCAUUAUUCCUUCCAAACAACUGAAAAGCUUUAUUUUGUUCUGGAUUUUGUUAAUGGAGGGGAGCUUUUUUUCCACUUACAAAGAGAACGGUCCUUUCCUGAGCACAGAGCUAGGUUUUACGCUGCUGAGAUUGCUAGUGCAUUGGGUUACUUACACUCCAUCAAAAUAGUAUACAGAGACUUGAAACCAGAAAAUAUUCUUUUGGAUUCAGUAGGACAUGUUGUCUUAACAGAUUUUGGGCUUUGUAAAGAAGGAAUUGCUAUUUCUGACACCACUACCACAUUUUGUGGGACACCAGAGUAUCUUGCACCUGAAGUAAUUAGAAAACAGCCCUAUGACAAUACUGUAGAUUGGUGGUGCCUUGGGGCUGUUCUGUAUGAAAUGCUAUAUGGAUUGCCUCCUUUUUAUUGCCGAGAUGUUGCUGAAAUGUAUGACAAUAUCCUUCACAAACCCCUAAGUUUGAGGCCAGGAGUGAGCCUUACAGCCUGGUCCAUUCUGGAAGAACUCCUAGAAAAAGACAGGCAAAAUCGACUUGGUGCCAAGGAAGACUUUCUUGAAAUUCAGAAUCAUCCUUUUUUUGAAUCACUCAGCUGGGCUGACCUUGUACAAAAGAAGAUUCCACCACCAUUUAAUCCUAAUGUGGCUGGACCAGAUGAUAUCAGAAACUUUGACACAGCAUUUACAGAAGAAACAGUUCCGUAUUCUGUGUGUGUGUCUUCUGACUAUUCUAUAGUGAAUGCCAGUGUAUUGGAGGCAGAUGAUGCAUUUGUUGGUUUCUCUUAUGCACCUCCUUCAGAAGAUUUAUUUUUGUGAGCAGUUUGCCAUUCAGAAACCAUUGAGCAAAAUAAGUCUAUAGAUGGGACUGAAACUUCUAUUUGUGUGAAUAUAUUCAAACAUGUAUAACUAGUGCCUCAUUUUUACAUAUAAUGAUGAAAACUAUGAAAAAAUGUAUUUUCUUCUAUGUGCAAGAAAAAUAGGGCAUUUCAAAGAGCUGUUUUGAUUAAAAUUUAUAUUCUUGUUUAAUAAGCUUAUUUUUAAACAAAAUUUAAAAGCUAUUAUUCUUAGCAUUAACCUAUUUUUAAAGAAACCUUUUUUGCUAUUGACUGUUUUUUCCCUCUAAGUUUACACUAACAUCUACCCAAGAUAGACUGUUUUUUAACAGUUAAUUUCAGUUCAGCUAACAUAUAUUAAUACCUUUGUAACUCUUUACUAUGGCUUUUGUUAUCACACCAAAACUAUGCAAUUGGUACAUGGUUGUUUAAGAAGAAACCAUAUUUUUCCAUGAUAAAUCACUGUUUGAAAUAUUUGGUUCAUGGUAUGAUCAAAAUGUAAAAGCAUAAUUAACACAUUGGCUGCUAGUUACCAAUUGGAAUAACUUUAUUCUGCAGAUCAUUUAAGAAGUAACAGGCCGGGCGCAGUGGCUCACGCCUGUAAUCCCAGCACUUUGGGAGGCCGAGGCGGGCAGAUCACCUGAGGUCAGGAGUUGGAGACCAGCCUGACCAACAUGGACAAACCCCGUCUCUACUAAAAAUACAAAAUUGGUGGGGCGUGGUGGCACAUGCCUAUAAUCCCAGCUACUCAGGAGGCUAAGGCAGGAGAAUCGCUUGAACCCAGGAGGCAGAGGUUUCAGUGAGCUGAGAUCGCACCAUUGCACUCCUGCCUGGGCAACAAGAGUGAAACUCCAUCUCAAAAAUAAAAAAAAAAAGUAACAAAAGGAAAUUAUUUGUUUUUGAAAUACCAAUUCAACUUUGUGGAUUAUUUUUCCUCUGAAGGAAAAGAAAAGGCUUAAUGGUUAGGAUUUUUAAGUAUUCCUAAAGAUCUGAAGGGUAAUAAAAGGUACUGCUGGAUUUUGUAAGGUGGUACCAAAAAUGAAUGUCUCUCUGUCAUAUAUUUAUAUUACAAAUAUAUUCUCUUUAUGUUCUAUUCAUCUUUUGAAUGUUUAGUAUGCUAUUAAGUCAUUCUGAAUCUUUGUAUUUGCUUUUGCAAAUAGGUAUUUCAAAGCUGUUUUCCUAAUUGGUUAAGUAAAAUAAAAAAUUGAGCUUUCUAGAGUAUUUGCCUAAUUGGGAAUUAAAAAGUAAAAUAACAGGCCAGGCACGGUGGCUCAUGCCUAUAAUCCCAGCACCUUGGGAGGCCGAGGCAGGCAGAUUAUUUGAGCUCAGGAGUUUGAGACCAUCCUGGGCAAUAUGGCGAAACCCUAUCUCUACAAAAAAUACAAAAAUUAGCCACAUAUGGUGGCACAUACCUUUAGUCCCAGCUACUCUGGAGGCUGAAGUUGGAGGAUGGCUUGAGCCCAGGAGAUGGAAGUUGCAGUGAACUGAAAUUGUGCCACUGCACUUUUCAGCCUGGGUGCCACAGCGAGACCCUAGUUAAGAGAAAAAAAAAAAGUAAAAACAAAUAGUGGGUCAAUGUAAAUGUAUAUAGUUUUAUUACAAUGUAACAAAAGUUGAAAAUCAGGCAGAUGUGUAUUCAGUAUCCAAUUCAAUAUAUCUUAGAAAAAGCACAGGAAACAGACCUUAAAAUCUAACCUACCAACUAACUUACAUGCUUAUAAAAGUAAAGGAGAAUAACUGGCUGGGCAUGGUGGCUCAUGCCUAUAAAAUCCCAGCACUUUGGGAGGCCGAGGCAGGAGGAUCACUUGAGCCCAUGAGUUCAAGACCAGCCUGGGCAAUGUAGUGACACCUCAUUUCUAUUUAUUUAAAAAAAAAAAAAAGAGAGAAUAAGUACAGAAGAACUUUAAAAAAUAAAAAAUAAGCUUACCUUGGAUUCUUGGCUUAGAGUAGAGGGUUUUUUUUAAGUUACGGAGGAAACAUUUUUGUAAAAGUUUAAUGACCCACUUUAGAUGCUCUAAGAACAAGCAUCCCUUCCACGUAUGUCUUGAGAAAGAAAUCACAAAAGCAUUUCUCACCAAUACUCUUUGGCUUAAAAUGUUCAGCAGAAUUGGGCUGUGGGUGUGACUUUUCUUAUAUUAAUAAUAUUUACAUCCAAUACACUGAAUCUUCCUUCAGAGGUAAGACUAAUAUCUACACUGUACAUAUUUGGUUUAUUUGGCACUACUCUAAGUUUUGUUUUUCACAAAGCUCUUAUUAUGAAGCAAAAUAAAAAUUGUAGUUUCUUGUAUGAUUUUUUUGUACUCAUUCAUUCCUGUUAAGCUGCCAAAAAUUAAAGUGCAAUAUUGUGUAUUUUUAAGAACAAAUUUAAAAUAGAAUUUUGAUGUUUCUCAGAUCACAAGAAAUACAAAUCUAUAUAGUAUAAUAAAAUCAGCAAAAAGAUCAA